CCGAGCUCACUGAACACAACCACAUCGGUAUAAAUCUCUGAUUUCCAACCCUGGACUGGUUUUCUUUUCGCAUUCUGGGAGGACCAGUAACCCCCGGUUCCAGCUUGCAGCUCCUCGCCUGUUGUGCAGCAUGUCGGAGCGCGGAGGAGGGCUGCCGAGGAGCGGAGGCGCGCCGUGUCCGUCUCCGCAGCCCUCCAAACCGGUGGCGAUCAGCUCCAACCGCCCGGUGCACAUGAACCUGUACGCGACCUGGGAGGUGGACCGCUCCUCACCGAGCUGCGUGCCCAGGCUCUUUAACCUGACUCUAAAGAAGCUGGUGAUGCUGAAGGAACUGGAUAAAGAUUUAACAUCUGUGGUCAUUGCUGUCAAGCUGCAGGGGUCGAAGCGAAUUUUGCGCUCAAAUGAGAUCUUAUUGGCUUCAGCUGGACUGACGGAGACGGACCUGCAGCUUACUUUUUCUUUACAGUACCCUCACUUCCUAAAGCGUGAUGCUAACAGACUGCAGAUCAUGCUGCAGAGGAGGAAGCGUUACAAGAACCGAACCAUCCUGGGCUACAAGACUCUGGCACUGGGUCUCAUCAAUAUGGCAGAGGUAAUGCAGCACCCGACAGAAGGGGCUCAGGUGCUGGGUCUGCACAGCCAGUUAAAGGAUGCAUCGGUUCCUGUAGCGGAGGUACGAGUCUACUCGCUUUCCAGCCAGCCCAUCGACCACGAGGGGCCCAAAGCCAAGAUGAAUGAUCGUUCUCCUGACGUUGACAACUACUCAGAAGAGGAAGAGGAGAGCUACUCAUCAGAACAGGAGGGAAGCGACGACCCGGUUCAUGGCCAGUAUUUGUAUGAUGAAGAUGAUGAAUUGAGGAAGAAGAAGCCUCGACGUAAACUCACAUCCAGUGCAGCCAUCACCAGACAACCCAACAUCAAGCAGAAGUUCGUGGCGUUGCUGAAGAGGUUUAAAGUCUCCGAUGAGGUUGGCUUUGGUUUGGAGCAUGUCUCGAGAGAGCAGAUUCAGGAAGUAGAAGAGGAUCUGGAUGAGCUCUAUGACAGUUUGGAGAUGUACAACCCCAGCGACAGCGGCCCAGAGAUGGAGGAAACAGACAGCAUUCUUAGCACUCCAAAACCCAAACUGAGGCCGUUCUUUGAGGGAAUGUCACAGUCGAGCUCUCAGACUGAGAUCGGCAGCCUGAACAGUAAAGGAAGCCUGACCAGGGACCCCUUCAGCCCUCAGGGAGAGCAGCCUCCUGACAAGAUGAAACACUCGCGUAGUCGUAACCUGGACGAAGCCCAGAUUGAGUCUGAGGCACAGGAUGUGAAUGAUCAGGAGCUGUUUAACGAGGUCACUCCCUCUAUUACUGUAUCUGUGGCAGAGAAGCCACGUACACCAAUGAAGACCAGCAAGAGUGAAGGGCAAACCAUGCCCUCUCCCAGAUUGGAUGGCGCACACACACCCCGGCAGAAGCGCAGCACUCCCAUGAAGGAGCGUCAGCUCUCUAAACCUCUGAGUGAACGGGCGAACAGCUCAGACAGCGAGAGAUCACCUGAACUCGGACAAAGUUCACAGAUCCUCAGGAAAGCUGUGUAUGAUCAGUUGAAUCAGAUUUUGCUGUCUGAUGCUGCACUACCUGAGAGUCUUAUUCUAGUCAAUGGCACCGACUGGCAAGGACAGUAUGUAGCAGAGCAAUUGCAGGUUCAGAAGCACCCAGUGGUGUGUACAUGUUCCUCAGCAGAGAUUCAGGCCGUCCUCUCAGCCGUUCUUACACGUAUACAGAAGUUCUGUAAUUGUAACUCCUCUAUGCCACGACCGGUCAAGGUGGCAAUAGUGGGCACUCAAAGCUACCUGGGUGCCAUCCUGCAGUUCUUUGUCAGCCAGCUGGCUAAUAAGACGUCUGAUUGGCUUAACCACAUGCGCUUUCUGGUAGUUCCUCUGGGCUCUCAUCCAGUUGCUAAGCACCUGGGUGCCCUUGACAACCGCUACUCCUCAGUCUUUCUAGAAGGAGCGUGGAGAGAGCUGUUCAGUCGCUCAGAGCCUCCACAGUCAGAUGUGCUGGACGUGGCAGGGCGAAUAGGUCAGUAUAUCAGUGGAGCUUCACUUACUCAUCAGCUUCCUAUUGCUGAAGCCAUGCUGACCUGCAAACACAGGAUGCGAGAUGAAGACUCCUAUCAGAAGUUUAUCCCUUUUAUUGGCGUGGUAAAAGUGGGGCUGAUUGAGCCGGGGCAGUCAUCGACAGGUGAUGGUGAAGAGGCUGUGGCAGUGAAUUUGGCCGUCCCCUCUACGUCUCCACCCACUCACAGCUCUCCUGCCAGUCUUAAAGAGAUCGCCACACCGCCUUCCUCACCCUCUAUGGGUGCAGUUUUGGCAUUACAGGGAAGUCCCAGUAUCUCUCAUGGCGUGGAUGCUAUCGGUCUGCAGGUGGACUACUGGCUGGCAUCUCUAGCCGAGAAGCGGCGUGAGGGUGAGAGGAGAGACACGGCAUGUAAGAACACUCUGAAGAGUGCAUUCAGAUCCCUGCAGGUCAGCCGUCUUCCUGGAGCGACUGUCAGCGACUCUCAAAUACCAAUCAAUACCAUGUCCAUGACUGUGGUCACCAAAGAGAAGAACAAGAAAGUUCCAACCAUUUUCCUGGCAAAGAAGCUCAAAGAGAAAGAGUUGGAUUCAAAAAGUCAGGUGAUCGAGGGCAUCAGCAGACUCAUCUGCUCAGCCAAGCAGCAGCCAACCAUCCUUAAAGUGUCCAUUGAUGGUGUUGAGUGGAAUGAUGUGAAGUUCUUCCAGCUUGCAGCUCAGUGGCCCACACAUGUGAAGUACCUCCCAGUCGGACUGUUCGGUUACAGCAAGCCUCCCUCUUAGGACCGCCCACUGGCCUAACUCCACCCCUUAAUUCACCUCAUUGAACACGGUCCCUGUCAGUCAGAAUGUUGGCCAGCUGUUGCAGGGUUGUGAAAGAAAACCUGCUCUCUACGUUGAUGUGGUUUUGUUGAGGGUAGGUGAUGUUACAGCGGUGGCCGAGAUGUACUUUUGAUAGCGCUAGUCACUUUUAUUUAUGGACGGGUCCCAGAGCACCGGUUGUAUGGGACAAGCACAAAACGAGCCUUUGGUUUACUAAUAGUCACAUCUGUCAAACAGCAAGGGAGAAAGGAAACAUUUUAAUGAGCAGUUACAUAAGAUUUGAACAAUGGGCCCUUAUAAUGUCAGCGUUUUAUCAGCUCCAGAAAACACAGUAGGGUUCUGAUCUGCACGAGUCAAACACCCACAAUCUACUAGUACUUUUAAACACUGUUUUAAUUCAACAUACAUACUUGUGCAUGUGCAAACUGACUGUGCUAGCCAUGCAGCUACAAUUAGCGACUAUACCCUUUAUCAUAUCACAUCAGUUCAGUCUAUACUCACUUAACAGUGAAGUGGAUGCUGUGUUCAAUGACUCCCGAGCUUUGUAUUAUUUUGUACAUACGCUAGGCUUCGUGGCUUGUAGGAGCUUUAAGUUAUUAGUUUUAAUAUCAGUACUUUAAAAGUGGCCUUUUUAGAAUACGUAUGUAGCUCAAUUAAAGGUUUUAUUUUUUCCUUUAUGAACCAUACCUCCAAAGAUCUCACAUGUAUAUCUGAAUGUAAUUCAUCACCAAGUCAUACAAACCUAACACAAUAUCACAGAAAAUCAGUGUGGUCAUACAAGACCACCUUUAGCAUCUUAACAGUCACCAGAAAAUCAUGAGAGAAUGUGCUUUUGUAUGUAUCAGCCAUCAAACAAAUCUUUGUUUUUAUUGUCAUUUUUUUUUUUGCUGUGCUGUUUUCUUCAGCGUCUUCGGCAGUUUGUAGACGGGCUGGAUCCGUUUUGGUUGUUGAAAGCUAUGCACUUUCUCUUCACUAGUGCUAUCACAUAUCAUUUUCUGUCUAAAGCACAAUGUAUCAAGGUCUUAGUGAUCACUGCUGGUGGGAACUAUCCACUAAAAGGGAGAUGUCACAUAAAAAUGACUGAUUUACAUAAUUCUUCAUCAUGAACAUUUU